UACAAAAAUGGGGUAUGACGCAGUCAGUGUGGUACCAUUGGGACCCUUCGUCCUCGCGAUUAAUUUUUUUUUUUACCUUAGGGCUUGGAGAGCACGUCCUGAUCUCAAGAUGCGGACAUUCUUGAUCAACCACGCUAAAACCCUCGCCGACCAAACUCGUCGUCAACCUCACACAAGCCGACGCUUACUCUCUCUUCUUCCAUCUUCGUCAGCAUCAUCUCCUCUUCUUACUCUGUCUCGUUUCUUGUAUGCCACUUUGGAUAUGUCUGCUUCUGAUUCCACUUCAUCUCUUCUUGUCUCCAUCAAUCCGAAGGGUGUCAAGGGUUUGCAUCGCACAAUUGCAGCUGAAAUAGAAUCCCGUGAUGGUUUUAAUCUUCCUCAAAAGGCAGCCGAACCUUCAAAGACCACACCAGAUGCUUUCUACUGCAAAAGCCCUCGCUUCGGACAGGUUCCUGGAACAUGGCACUUCAGACACACAAUCCUUCGGCAACAAGAAAACAAGGUUCCAGCCGCAGUGAAUCGUCACAGAGAGAUGCACAGCAGCUCCGGUAAGAGUCCAGCCGCCGCCAAGCAACCCGCGGCCAAGAGUGCCAAAAAGGUUUCCUCCAAGAGCUCCAAAAAGAAACCCGCCAAGAGCGCCGGCGGCGGCAAGGGCUCCUCCGGCACAUUGUUUCCGAAACGUAGCAAGUUCCCUAAACACCACCGAGGAAGACUAAGAGGUAUAUCUUCAGGCGAUAAUCGUAUCUGUUUCGGAAGAUACGCGCUUCGAACACUUGCACCGGCCUGGAUCACGUCUAGGCAGAUGGAAGCAGCAAGACGAGCGAUGGUGCGACACGUACCGCGCAGCGCAAAGAUUUGGAUACGUAUGUUUCCAGACAAGGCGGUUACGGGGAGACCGUGCGAGGUACGUAUGGGUGGUGGGAAAGGACCUCAGGAGUAUUGGGUGGCUGUGGUUCAGCCAGGUAAGAUUCUUUAUGAGAUGGCUGGUGUGCCCGAAAGUGUAGCUAGAAAAGCUAUUACAGUAGGUGCUUCCAAAAUGCCUAUAAAGACUCAGUUCAUUUUUAAUGAAAAAACUAUAUAACAUUCUUGGAGGAUGACAAGAUUGUAAGUUUUAUUUUUCUUGAUAAACAGUUUUUUUUU